AUAAAUGGUUCAAAGAUGUCAGUAUAUAUGCUGACAAGUUUACCAAAUAAAAUUCCACACGCGACUCACUUCACACAGCUUGAGUGCAAGAACCGCUUGAGCAUAAUAAAUGUAUGUGCGUGAAUGAGUUUUGUGUGCCCCGUACAUUGAAAAUGAAAAAGAAAGAAAUUGAAGAAGUUUUUGGUGGUAUUCUGGAAAAUGAGCAGGAUGUGUCUGCGGGUAUGGCUGCUAUUAGAACGUUGUUAAAUGUUUUAGAACGUGAUACUUCAGAAACAGUUCAGGAAUUAGACUCCAAUCUCCAGGCAGCUGUGGAUGCAAUGAAGAAUACAGAUUAUCCUGUCACAGCAGUUGCAUCAGGCUGUGAACUGUUCCUACGAUUCAUUACUCUGGCAAAGCUUGAUACUAAGACAUUUGGGGAGUGUAAAAGCAUCAUGUUGCAUCGUGGUCAGCUUUUCUUGAAGAAACUAAUGGAAGCAAGAGGAAAAGUUGCAAAGUUGGCAUCUUCUUUCAUUGUUGAUGGUUCUCGUGUCCUCACUCACUCCAAAUCACGUGUUGUUCUGCAUGGAAUGAAAGAAGCAGCACGAGCUAACAAGAGGUUUGAGGUUUACAUUACAAUGUCAUCGCCAGACAAUAGUGGAGUAGAAAUGCGUCGGCUGCUUGAAGAAGAAAACAUUCCCUGCACUGUGAUACUUGAUUCUGCUAUUGGUUAUGUCAUGGAACAGGUAGACAUGGUUAUGGUUGGUGCAGAAGGUGUGGUUGAGAGUGGUGGUAUUAUCAACAAAGUGGGCAGCUAUACAAUGGCAGUAUGUGCACGUGAAAUGAAGAAGCCUUUCUAUGUACUCACAGAAAGUUUUAAGUUUGUCCGACUCUAUCCUCUCAAUCAACGUGAUUUGCCUAAUGAAUUCAAGUAUACAUCAAGCAAAUUAGGCAGAGAUCUGAGUAAGGAGCACCCUCUGGUAGACUACACCCCUCCAAGCUACAUCACAUUGCUUUUCACUGAUCUGGGUAUUCUUACACCAUCUGCUGUGAGUGAUGAACUUAUCAAGCUCUAUCUGUGAAAUAUUAUCUGUAACCUAAACAUUCUAUAAAAUACUUAUUUUUACUGUACAAAUAAAUAUGAUUUACUUAAAACAUC